CUAUAUUACCUGCCUCCAUGUGUGUUGUGCAUCACUGAGUUAGUGAUCAUUUGAUUAAACACAUUUCUUUAAGAAAAUGCUAACUCAACACCUGAAAUAAUAAAGAUGAGACACAAAGCCCCUCUCUUACGUGACAGCGUCACGUAAGAUAGAGGGGCAUCAAAAGGAGAUAACAAUCAUGUAUGUAAGGCCAUUAUUAUGUCCGACAUUAUAUAUAAUGUUACGGUGUUAUUAGUUUUAUCAUUAAAGAGGAAUUUAAAGGGAAAAUGGGGGCUUUUUAAUAUUUUAUAAUUCAGUCUUUAGAAGAAGAACACAUCUUUUAAUUGGUAAACAAGCAAAUAUAUAAUGGACCUUUUCCCUGUAUUUCUAUUCUGCUAAACUGUCCUGUCCACGUGGUAUCAAUAUCACCUAAUCUAGACCCGAAAUGGAAUAAAAUACCCCCAACACAAAUCCUUUAAUUAUUAAAUAAUUCAGGUUUUCCUAUGAGCUCGAUUCGCUCUGUGAGCGGCUGGUCGUCCUGACCGCAGACACGCCCACACUCCACCGGUAGACUCGACCACACGGCGACGAGCUUUUAGAUUCAGACACGAUCUUUGAAAAACACAUGAAUGGCGACUCGGGACGCUUCCGGGGCCGAAGAAUGUCCCUUCUGCCAAAUAGCAGACAACCAGACUGACACGGAAAUCCUGCUGAGCGAUGAGGAGCUGCUCUGUUUUCGUGACAUAACGCCUGGCGCCACACAUCAUUACCUCGUCGUUCCCAGAAGGCAUAUCGACUACUGCACACGUCUCCAGGAGGCCGACAUCCCGCUAGUGGAGCGGAUGGUAGAAAUGGGAUGGAGUGUACUGAAGAAGACUAAAGUCAGCAACCUAGAUGACGUCAGGAUGGGGUUUCAUGUGCCUCCGUUCUCAUCUGUUCCCCACCUCCACCUCCACGCUCUGGCUCCAGCCAGCGACAUGACCUUCAAGUCGCAGCUACGAUACGGGCCCCUGAGCCACUGGUUCAUCACAGUCGACAAAGUGCUUUCUCAGUUGAAGACUCGCGGCAAGGUCAGAUGAUGAGCUACGAGUCUGAAGAGUUUUCUUUUAUGGUGACGGGUCAUCUCGCUUCACCGAGGGCAAUUUUUAAUCAGUUCACUACCUGACUUGACAUUUUACGACAUUGAGUUAUACUGAUGUUUACUCAUCCACGCUGCUCGAUGACUCAUUUGAAUGGGAAAGUGGCAAUAAAGCUAGUUUAAAAAAAAAAAUGGAAACUGUCAAACGUAUCCAAUAAUGGAUCCUCGUCCUAAAUAUAAUGUUGUGCAAUUAAAAGAUAAUUACAGCUUUUAAGUAUAUUUAGUAUUUACUGAAAUAAAAACUUUAAAGACGACCUUAAAAACCAUAAUAUUUAGUAUAUUCAGUAUUUAUCGCGAUGCACAAUUUUUGUAAUACUUUGUACAUUUCCAUUUUUUUAAAAUAUGAAGUGCGUAAAUUGAAACUGCUUGUGCCUUUUUUAUUAUAUAUCUUUACGUAUGUUGCUCUGGGGUAAAAUCUGUCCUUAAAUAUAAAUAUAAUUGUAUAUAGGAUUUUAAUAAAAGAUCUUGUGAAACUCCAAAUACCGGGUUCAUCUCUGUCAAAGUCAUAAGGGUUACAAUAAUAAUGUUUACUUUAAUAAUAAGUUGGUUCAAAGGGUCCUAAUGCAUGUCUUUGUUUCUUUUGCCGGCACGGACAGAAAUGUCUGAACAACAUUGUUUGGAAGAAAAACACAGAAUUCAUUAUGAGAACACAAAACAAACACAAAUAUUAGAUUACCAUGAGAACACUGGAGGUCCUAAUGGGCAUCAAUUCAGAAAAUAAUGACUCAAAGUUUUCCUUGGGUUUCAGUAUUUACUGUUGAUAUUGCUCAGUAGUCCAUUCCUGCGUUUGAUGGCAUGCUAGAUGGCAAUUUGUGCCACUGGUUGCAUAGAUCUGAAGGGUUUGUUGGCAGAUUUUUAGUUGUGUCCUCAAAGUAUCGUGUACUCCUGUUAUCAUUUCAAAUUAACAGUGAUUCAAGAUGCAUUGCUGGAUUUCAUGACCAUAUCAGUUUGUGAGCCAUUGGACGUCCCUGGUGUACCUUGGUUAAUGUUUUAGGAGAGCAACCAUGCACCAAUGGGCUUCACAAACUGACACCAUCUUUCUUAAAAUUGAUGAAGCAGGAGCGAUUAAAACAAAAUAAAAAUAUAUAUAUCAUC